AUGUGGGUCGUUAUCUACCAUACGAACAAAAUAUGGAACUGUCUUUCGAUCACGUGGUAUGGUUUUACAUCAUUCGGCUUUGGGUCGAAACAUAUACUGAAUCAUUGGCGAAAACUUUAUAUCAAGGCAUUCAGUAAAAGUUUAACACCGGUAAACAAUCGUGACGCUAAGGUUAGUGAUCACCGACAAGCAUUGAUCACCUUUCUUGUAGUAUUGAUGUUUAAAAUAUACGAUGUCCUUUUGACUACACUUUAUUUUAGUAUUUGCGGUCAGAUGCACAUGAUUCGCUUUGCGUUCGAAUCAGUUAGAUAUAAAUCGAUUCCCAAUCCUAAUUUCCCAAUUGGAGCUGAAAGUGAAAAAGAAAGCGAAUAUUUCUUGAGAAAUAUAACAUAA